AUGCCUGCCGGAGGUACGGGUGAGAAGCUUGCAAGCGCCCUCACCGCGGUAGCCGGUGUAUCGUCGCUUGUCGCCACUAUUUUGUCGGUCAUCUCAAUUUUCUUCCAGACGGUGCCGCUAUAUUCCAUAGCAUCAUGGCUCAGCAUGAUCUCUCUCAAAACAGCUGCCUUUGUUGACCCGAUUCGCGAUGUGUACGAGGCUUUCACGAUCUAUACCUUCUUCCAGCUUUUGAUCAACUACCUGGGCGGCGAACGAGCUCUCAUCAUUAUGACCCAUGGACGCGAGCCAGUCGAACAUCUGUGGCCCAUGAACUAUGUUAUGUCACGCGUCGACAUAUCGGAUCCCUAUUCGUUCCUGGCCAUCAAGCGCGGAAUCCUACAAUACGCAUGGCUGAAGCCUACACUCGCCCUGGCAGCCGUCAUAAUGAAGGCAACGGGCACCUACAAAGAGGGAUACCUGGGUGUUGACUCGGGCUAUUUCUGGAGCGGGCUGGUCUACAACGUCAGCAUGACCAUCUGUCUUUACUGCUUGGCUCUCUUCUGGGUGUGUAUGCACGACGAUCUCAAGCCCUUCCGCCCGGUGCCCAAGUUCCUCUGUAUCAAACUCAUCAUUUUUGCCUCAUAUUGGCAAGGCUUCUUCCUCUCCAUCCUUGUAUGGUUAGGUGCUAUUACGGACAAGGUGGAGGGGUACUCCCCCGACAACCUCGCCGCGGCGAUCCAGGACUUUCUCAUCUGUAUCGAGAUGCCUAUUUUUGCGAUCGCUCAUUGGUACGCCUUUUCGUGGCACGACUUCGCCAACGAUGCUGUUGAGGAGGCCCGAAUGCCCGUCAAAUUUGCGCUUCGAGACUCCUUCGGCAUACGCGACCUCAUCGAAGACUCCAAGGAGACUUUCAAGGGGGACAAGUACGGAUAUCGUGGCUUCGACUCGCGUGACAAAAUCAUGGCGCAUGAGUCUUCCAAGUCACGACUGGCACGAGUGAAGGCUGGCAUGCGAUAUGAGCGUGGAGGAAAGGGCAAAUAUUGGAUUCCCAGCCCUGGAGAGAUCACCUCGGAUGUCAACCCUUACACGCCGCUACUUGGCGGUAAAAACGGCAAUGGUGGUGGCCGGUCUGACUCUCCUGGGGGGCCCAGCCGUACCAGCAGCUCUAGCAACGUCCAUGAGGAUACAAGCAUUAUAGGAGAUGAUAAACUGGACCCUGAAGAGGAGCUUCUCUACGAUAAGGCGAGGAAGCUCGAGUAUGGGGACUGGAAUUACCCUGUAAUCAUUGCAAACGUGCCCCGAAAGCCAUGGGAAACUCCACGACCUAGCCCGCAGUCCGGCCGCUCUAGGGCAUCUUUGCCAGCUCCCUCAUCGUUAUCUGUCAAUGGCUCUGGGCCAAAGCAGAGGGAUCAAAGGCAAGACUCUGAGGGCACUGUUGUGGCUAAGAAAUCAAAGGGCAAGGGCAAGGGUAAGUCGCGCGCAACGGCCCACUCGGGACGUUCCACGCCGCCACGGGAAACACCUCAGCCUGCCGUCGAGUCCCAGGCCAAGCCGGAUCUUUCAGAAGUCGAUUUCGACGUUUCCAAAAUGUCAAUGACGGAUGAAAACAACACAAACUCCGUCGCCCCACAGAGCGAAUCUAACCAUUGGGAGCACGAGUCUGAACCUGCUGUAAUUUCCCCAAAGUACGAUAUUGAUGAGGAAGAUAUGCGAAACGUGUGGGGAGGCAAUGACGAGCCUGGCAGAGAGACCCACCUAUGA